GGUGUAGGCGAGUACAUCCAGCCAAUCGGCGGCCGUUGCAGUUUUCCUUGCAAAGACCCGCCCCUCCAAUGUAGCGUCUCCAAUUUUGGCGGCUGUACGGGAAACAUGGCGGAAAAUUUGAACGUUCUCGACAUUUGUCUGACUGGUUCCAGAGAGGAUUUCCUUCUGUGGGCGGCUCCUGCCAGCGUCAUGCGUCCAAGGAACUGCAGCGUGCCCUGUAAGGUGUCCUGGGACGAGUUAGAAGCUCUGUGCCGCACAGAGAGGCUCCAAUGCAAGCAGCUUGGUGUAAACAGAGCCAACGUGAAUGACUACGAGGUGGAGUACCUCUGUGACUACAAGAGGACCAAGGUUAAGGAGGAGGAGUUUUACCUUGUAAAGUGGAAGGGCUUUUCAGAGUCUGAGAACACCUGGGAACCAAAGAGAAACCUUAAGUGCCCCAAACUGAUGAAGCAGUUCCACUUGGACCUGGAUCAGCAACUAAGGAAGCUCAAGAGACGGCAAAUACCUAAAAAGCUAGACAAAGAUAUUACCUCAUUUCUCGUUCAGAAAGCCAAACUGCGAAAGAGUCUGCAGCACUGGGAGGCCCAUUUGAAUCAGACUCGUAACCACCCCGGGCGCAUUUUUGUCAUAAAUGAAGUGGACCUUGAGGGCCCCCCCAAAAACUUCACCUACAUCAACAACUAUAAGGUCGGCCCAGGUAUCGUGUUAGAUGAGAUGGCUGUAGGUUGUGAGUGUAAGAACUGUUUGGAGGAGCCAGUGAAUGGCUGCUGCCCUGGGGCCUCCUUGCACCGCAUGGCCUACAACGAUAGGGGGCAGGUACGGGUCCAGCCCGGACAGCCCAUAUACGAGUGUAACUCUCGAUGCAGCUGUGGCCCUGACUGUCCCAACAGGGUGGUGCAGAGGGGCGUCCAGUUUGACCUGUGCAUCUUUAAGACAGAGAAUGGUCGGGGGUGGGGUGUCCGCACGCUUCAGCACAUUAAGAAGAACACGUUUGUCAUGGAGUAUGUGGGAGAGAUCAUCACAACAGAUGAAGCUGAAAAGAGGGGUCAAGUGUACGACCACGAAGGCUCUACAUAUCUCUUUGAUCUGGACUAUGUGGAGGAUGUGUACACGGUGGAUGCAGCUCAUCUAGGCAAUAUCUCCCACUUUGUCAACCACAGUUGUAAUCCCAACCUCCAAGUUUUCAAUGUGUUCAUUGACAACAUCGAUGAGAGGCUUCCAAGAAUUGCUUUAUUUUCAACGCGGGCUAUUCGGGCUGGAGAAGAAUUGACCUUUGACUACAAGAUGCAAAUAGAAAUGUUUCACCACCAAUCCCGGUGGCUUCUUCAAUAUGGAUUGCUAGUAAAACGUUUCUAUUGAAAAGAUGAAAUCCAGUUGACAUGACUCAACCUUCAGACUAUUCCACCUGGAUGACUGAGAAUCUCCACCAGCAUUACUCACUCACUCAGUCCUUGUGAGAGGGAAGCCUGUCUGAGCUGACAGUUCGGGGUUCACCCUGGACAUGUCACCAGUCCAUCAGAUUACAGUUUAACACAUUAAACAGGCUUUUAGUGAUGGAUAAUGAGUUGAAUUGCUUCUAAAUGAAGUUACUGUAUGCCCACUCAGGGUUUGCACAGCACACAUGUAGUAUUUGCAUGUGCGUAUAUAUGUAUGUAUAUGUAUGUAUGUUUAUCUGUGUGUCUGUGUGUGCGUGUGUACACACACUAAUAUAUAUGUAUAUGUCAUCUGAAAUCUGACAUUUAUAUAUAUUUAUAUUUAGACAUAAGGUUACUUUUUUUUUAUUUAUUUUUAUUAUUAUUAUUAUUAUUAUUAUUAUUAAUGAUGAAACACAGGUAUUUAGCUAAACAAUUCCUGGAUCAAUCAACAAAGGUUUAAUAAAGGUCCACCAGACCAGGACCUCCAGCGAACGUGCGCUGGGGCAGUUUGCAGCCGAGUGUAAAGGGGCUGGGACGAGAAUCAGCUCCUCCAUGUCUGAGGCCAUGGUUCUCGACCAGAAAAAGUGGUUUGCUCUCUUUAGGUUGGAGGAGGGCUCUUGUUCUGGAGGAGUGGAGGAGUUUAAGUAUCUUCUGAAUGAGGAAAGGAGCCUGAGAUUGACAAAUGGCUGCUCCUCCAUAUCAAGAGGAGGCUUGGGCAUCUGUUUCGGAUGCCUCUUGGUCGCCUCCCUGGGGAUGUGUUCUCACUGGUAGGAAGACCCAGGACACGCUGGAGGGACUAUGUCCCUCGACUGACCUGGGAACGCCUUGGUGUCCCACCGGAAGAGCUGGAGGAAGUGUCUGGGAAGUCUGAAGCUCUGUUUAGACUGCUGGCCCUGGAUAAAUGGAUGAAGAUGGAUGUUUCAAUACUGUUAGUGUUGUGAUGUGGUUUUGUAUCCAUCCUUUCAGCUCCAGCCUUUAGUGGGUUGGUACAGACACUGUUCAUUAUUAGAAGAAAAAGAAACUUUCCCCUUAUUGGUUCCAGAAUGUGGAACUAAUCCUGCAUGUCUUUUGUUUAGAUACAACAUCACAGCUAGACAUUGUCUUAGACAGUCAGUAACAAACAUAUCUAAAAGACGGACACAUGAUGUAUAAUGAUGUACUAUAUGAUGUCAUGUCAGUGUUAUGACACUGGCCUGGUAUAGCUUUGUUUUCUACACAUUAUUUCUUUUCUUGUUUUUCAUUGUUUCUUCUUGAACGCGAUGUGUUGGCUGCCAUCGCUGGUUUUACAUAAUACUUUACACUAUUCAGCCUGUUGAAUGCUAAGCUAGAGUUAAAAAAAAAAGUUUAGCCAAGGUUAAAAAAAAGAUUCAAGUUCAUCUAUCACACAUGGCAGCUCAUUUCCAAGCUUAGAUACAGUAUCAAAGAAAUAAAACAAUGAAAUUCUUCAAAACUAGCUGGUGCUUUAUCCCAUAGCUUAAUGAUAAUUCAUAUCAUACAAAUAGAACAUUUGGAUCCAACCACAAGCGUAAGAUCGAAACAGCCCAAAACAGACAAGGAUCCUGCACGAAAGUCAUCUAUAAAGACGGCCGAAGAGGCUUGAUGCGCAGAUAUGUUUUAAAUAUAGAAUGAGUUACUUGUGAUGUUUGUUGGUGUAAAUCCAUAAAAUGAACGAAUAUAUAAUGGUCGUGCAGCACUUUUCUACGUGGUGGUACACAAAGCACUUUAACACUACAUUCACAUUUACUCGUUCACUCACAAGCGCACACGCAUUCACACACACACACACACACACACACACACAGUGACAGAGCUGCAAAGCUUAGGUUGACACCGGGCCACAUUGGGGUUCAGUGUUUUGCCACUUGUUCACUUCAAUGACUGAAGCCAGGAAUUGAGCCACCACCCUACAGUCGGGGGCCAACAGCUCUACCUCUUCUCACGUUAAACUGAAAACGUUGCUUUGACUAAAGGGUUCAAACAAACUUAGGUGAUUUCUUACCGGGCUUCUUUGUG